UCUUCCGCUAUACGCCACGGACAGAGAAGUCAGCCUGUUUUGUGUUUUUAUUCGUAAACGUUAAAUAUCAAACGGUAACUCUGAUUCAUAAAUAUUUAAUCAGGGUUGAAAUGAGCGUCAUAGGAUUAAUAUAUGGAUUUGACUUCUCAUCUAGCAAAGCUCCUGUUGAUAAAACUACCCGUUAACGCGAACCAGCUGUAGCUUCAUAGCUCGCAUGUGCUUUUAGCAACGCGGGUGUAUCUACAUACACUAGCGUAGCCCUUGAUCUUGCCCUUCCAUUAAAUUACACAUAAAUCAUUGGACGUAGGGGGAGUUUUGUCUGAACAUUAAUACGCGUCGCUUGCAUCGCAUCGGUUUUGAAAGCAUAAGGACCUUUCAUAUCGGUGAUUAAAUAUAUAUAUUUUUAAACAUGGAUAAAUUGAUGCUCAUUGAUUUGGGUUCCUACGCGGUCAUAUUUCCAUUUUACAGAGCUUGUUCACAGAAAACAUACGGAAGAGUGGACUACCUGUACCAGUUCGCUAUCUGCGUCUCUGAACACCUGUGUGUAAACGGCAGACAGACGCAACAAACGUGUUGUCACAGAAAAGUAAUGUCUGCUGCACCAGUGUUAAACCAGUGCAGCACAGGAGGUAUCAUCAUGUCCAGGGUGCCGAUGGGCAAGGUGCUGCUGCGAAAUGUUAUUCGUCACACAGAUGCCCACAACAAGGUGAGAGUGGGAGAGCUAGCUAAAUGUGCGUGUGUAGCUGUGUUCUCUCCUCAUGAUAGAUGUGGUCUGUUUCAGAUCCAGGAGGAGUCGGAGAUGUAGAAGUUGAGGGGGAUGGAGAAGGGGCCAUUCACCAGCCACAGAUCGAUGCCACGAGCCUUAAAUACAUCCAGGAGUCACAUGCACUGUGAUCGUGUGGAGGAUGGGUCUGUAGACAGACUGGGAGACCGGCUGCGGGGAAGAGAACACCAUUCCAGCCAGGACAAGAGGGAGGCACGCUACUGGACCAAGAAACUCUGACUUUGAAGCCAAUGAUUCAGACAGAUGGGAGGAUUUAAGGAGCUAUACCCCGAGGAGUUUAAAAGUGACUGGGAUAGAGACCGUGGUGAUGAUCAGAAUGGGCAUUGGAGAAAGAAAACGUCCAGACUUAAAACAGCCAAAUCAAAACCUCUGAACAAGUCCUCCAAGAAGAAGAAAGAGGAAAAGCGAAGGAUAGGUGAGUCAGACGAGUCAGACGGCGAGUCAGACGGCGAGUCAGACGGCGAGUCAGACGGCGAGUCAGACGGCGAGUCAGACGGCGAGUCAGACGGCGAGUCAGACGGCGAGUCAGACGGCGAGUCAGACGGCGAGUCAGACGGCGAGUCAGACGGCGAGUCAGACGGCGAGUCAGACGGCGAGUCCAGCAGCAACAAGAGCGACAGUGUCAAACAGGAACAGAAGAGGAAAAGCAGCAAGAGCAAACAGAAGAGGAAGAAGAGGGAGGGAGGGAGAGAGAGAGGAGGAGAGCAGCUCAGAGGAGGAUGAUGAGUGAGAAGGAGGAAAUGAUAGAUGGACUCCCACAGAGACUCAGGACCAGAGUCACACAAGAAGAGGAAGAAGAGGGAGAGAGAGAGAGAGAGGAGAGCAGCUCAGAGGAGGAGGAGGAUGAUGAGUGAGAAGGAGGAAAUGAUAGAUGAACUCCCACAGAGACUCAGGACCAGAGUCACACAAGAAGAGGAAGAAAAACUGGAAAGCAGGAGAGGACAAAUCGGAGGACAGUUCUGAGAAUUGAACCUUUUUCCAUUGGCAGCCAGUAACCUGUACCCUCAUACUGCCCCCUUUCAGUUGCUGAAAGUGAGUGGGCAAAGCUUUCACAGUUACACCCCACUUCCACUUUAGUGUCCAAUGUUUCCCACUAGAUUUGUUGAGAACACAGCAUCACCAUAGCUAAUUGCUAGACAUGUUUGUGAUUUAUCCAAUAACAAGACAACUGAGGAAUUGGCUAAAGUACAAAUCCAACUUUUGAACAGACUUACUGGCAGGGGAAAGCAUAUCGCUUUUCCCUUAACAUCUUCCCUCUGCAAUACUCUUCUGUGCUGUACUUCUCUUUCUGUGUACAGCUGAGCACAAACCUGUGUUCUCCCCUAAGGGCAUUCAGCAGUACCUCACCUUCUGUUACUGGUGCUGCUCAAGCUGCAGUGCUCAGAUAGUGAGCUGACACUGCACAAAUAUGGACUAAACGAAAGCCACCUAAUUCCACCUCAUGACAAGUUGAUUGACUGCUGAGCCUUGUCUCAUAGUUAGUGUCCUGGCUUGACUUUAGCUGUUAUACUAUGGAAAAUUAUGAAAUUUUAUGCAGAUUUCCCAACCAAUUGUGACAAUCUUUUAUGCUUUUUUAAAAUUCAGUAUUUAUUUUAAAAACGUUUGAUUUAUGGGAGUCGGGAUUUAACAGAAUGUCAGGUGGGACAUUGGAAAAUAAAAUGGUUAUCACACCAUACUUUUAGACAGGAAGGACAAAUCACAUGGAUCUCAUGUUAUGACUGCAGGAUAUCUACAUGACUAUCAUUCACAAGUCUUCUCAGUAGGCCUAUAGCCUUUCUAUUUCAUGAGCUUGAGCAUGAAUUUGACUCUUCAUGCAUUAAAUUCUAUGAAAUAUUGCCCCUUGGGUUGAAUACGUCCAGAACUGGGUACCAUUCACCAUAUAACAUUGUAUAAAUGGUGUAUGGUUUCCCUCUAGUGUUAAGUUUCUACAGUACUCGCUGUAGAUGUAAUGUGAAAGAAAAUGGAAUAGGUCAGCACUGAAUGAGAAUUUCUACAUCACUAUAUAAACUCCUUUCAAGAGAGGUGCUGAAAAAGUUGCUGUCGUCUAAAACAGGUUUGAGCGGCAUAGUUUUAUUCUUACGUAGAGAGCAGGCCACUGCUAUAUGGUAUCUUUUCAAGUUCAUGCUUUUCUCCUUAAUGAUCAUCACGCUGUACAAGGUUAAUUUAUUAUUUAGUGGAAGGGCUAGGCCUGCAGGGUCUAAUAUCCUGUUAACUAUGGUGCGUUGUCUCCACCUAGUGGCUCAAUCAGUGUAGUAGACCCUGAGGAUUGAUUGACUCAUGGCCUCUAUUGACUUCAUCAGAAUAAAUAGUUUAUUUGUGACAAAUAAAGGAGUAUUGUUUCUGA